AUGUUACUUGAUCUAAAUCUCCGUGACAACCGACUUAGCGCUCAGGGGGCUGACGAACUCGGUCGAGCACUGCGAGAGAACGAGACGCUUACACGCUGUGACUUUUCUUGGAACCAGAUGGGACCGCAAGCUGUACUUGGUCUGUUGUCUGCAUUGCGAGACAACUUUGCUCUUCGAGAACUCUGUGUCUAUGGACGUGAUGUGGCUCAAGACGGUACGCAGUAUCUCUUGAAUCUCGACUUUGAUUCAGCGAAAAGGAUAGUCGUAGCGUUGCGGCACCUUAACGACAGCUUUGCGUUAGCUCGGUUAAGUGGCGUUCGAGCUGUUCUUCCGAUUGCUAAGGUGAAAACAUCACGUUGGAUAACGCUCGUUAAUCGAGAAUUGGUGGAACUGGACGGUCUGGUUAUUGCAGGAGUAGUACCUCAGAACAACAUGUUGUUAUCACUGGAUAUGCACGAUAAUCCAGGACUAGGACGAGUUGCAGUGCUGGAGUUACUAACUGCUAUCAAGGGUUGCAUAACAUUACGCGAGAUUAACCUGUCUGAUACAGGAUUAUUCCCUGAAGCAGGGGAGAGUAUAGGAGAACUUGUGGCUCUCAACAGCACCUUGUUAACCAUCAAGAUGCACGAAACAGUUAUCAAUGUCCAGCAAGUACGUGGCAAUAGGAAAUACGGAGAAAUACCAGAAAAAUUCGAGUUUUCGGUCGACUCGAAGCAUUUCCUGGAUCGUUGGAUUCUUGCCAAGUGCUUUGCUGUGAAUCGUUUCACUCAAGAACUUAACGAGUUGCGUCUUCCUGAUGUCUCGCGUUCGGUUAAGACACUUGUCAACAUGGAUACAACCCAUAAGGACCAUCGAGAUUUAGUCACUGUGAACUUAUGUGGCCGUCAAUUGGAGCUUUAUGAGGCAGGAUUUCUCGGCAAGAAGAUGCUGCAUCACCUUCAUCUCGGUCGAGUAACGUUGAAUAGCUGUAUGAUCGACAGUGCAGCAGCUCGUGCAUUGGCUGACGGCGUGCGUAACCACAGUACGCUGCAUACUAUCGAGCUGGAGAACAAUCCACUGGGACCUAUCGGAGGUCAAGCAUUGGCGGAGUGCUUGGCAUCAAGUAGUGCCCUCACAUACCUCAACUUGAGCUGGACACAGUUGGGUGACGAUGGGGUCGUAGGCUUUCGAGACGCACUGAUACGUAACAAAUCCAUCGAGAGAUUGGACCUACGAGGCAACGAUCUGCGUGUACGAGGCGUUGUAGCUAUAGCUGAAGGCUUACGUUGUACUGCUACUCUCCGUGAACUUCACUUGCGUUGGAAUACAGUGUCUCCUGCGGGUGCUGAGGCUCUGGCAGGUGCACUUGAGGUUAGCAAGAGCUUGGUGCUACUUGAUAUUGAACACCAUACUAUGGGCUCUCGUGGUGCUACAGCGUUUGCGUCAAUGUUGGAGAGAAACAAGCGUCUUGAACACCUUAAUAUUGGCGGUACAGACUCGGACGAUGCAUUGGACGCAGGUCUUGGGAUCGGUUCCGAACAGGCUCAACGCAUCGCAGAAGUGCUUACGAACUCUAACAGGUCACUGCGUAUACUUCAUAUCGGUGCUAACCGUAUCAAUGCGGACGCUGUUGCUAGAUUCGGAGAGCUGCUCAAGUUUAACAAGACGUUGGUGGCUCUGGAUUUGUCGUAUUCGGGUCUGGAUGCGGCGAAGGCACCACGAUUCUUUGCGUGUCUUUCGGCGAAUAAUACGCUGCGACGACUGGAUCUGGCACAUAAUCGUAUCGGUAAUGAAGGUCUCGUGGCCUGCACUCGUGCUUUGGAAACCAAUCGGACGUUGCGCGAGCUUAAUCUGGCAUACAACAACAUGACUGAGGAGCCUUUAGCAGUACUUGCAGCAAAACUUCACGCCCCCAAGCGAUUAAUCACUCUGACGCUGGAGUGGUUGUGCCUUACUGGCAACAACAUGACAGAACGCACACGCAGAGAAUAUCUAUCUCUACCACAGAACAACAUUGCGAUAGAACUGCACGAUAAAGAUGACCAGGACGACGAGUAA